AUGAGUAGUGUUGAUGAACUCUUGAAGUCGAUAAUAACGGCUGUCGAAAGUUCGAGUCAGUCUGUUGACUCCAUCGUUGAGAAAGUUCGCGAUGAGGUAACCCCAGAGAUAGUCAAUGCAUUGAUGCAAACAUCAUCAGUUAAGAAACCCGAGGGAAUGUCUCUUCUUUCCCUUAAAAACGGUUCGUUAUUAGCAUAUUUGAAUUCCAUAGUAUUGAUUUUGUUAACUCGGUUGGAGCUGUUAGAUGGAGACGAUGAUGAAGAAGGUGUUAGAAGCAAAGCUAUAAAGAGUUCGAUCGUUCAAAGGGUUACUUUAGAGAAGGGAGUCAAGCCACUUGAGAAGAAGCUUAGUUAUCAAGUGGACAAAAUGGUUAGAGCAUUUACACGUAUGGAAAAUGAAGAACAAGAAAUCAAGCAAAAGAAGAAUGGUUCAGGUUCAGACUCAGACUCAGGUUCAGGUUCGCUGAGUGAUGAUGAUAAUGAUGAUGAUGAUGACGAAGAUGAUGAUGCAUUGGCUUAUAGGCCUGAUGCUAGUGCACUUAGUAAGCUUAUACCUACUUCUAAGGAUAGAAGAAGUGUCAAAUCAAAGAAUGGAGAGAGCCAGGACUCAGCAGAGAAAUAUAAACCUCCAAAGAUUAGUGCUAUGGCACCUCCAACUCAAAAGGUUUAUGAUGAAGAUUCAGGUCCUAAGGCCAGGAGUGGUAAGAAGCUUCAAAGUAUGGAAGAAUAUUUAAGAGAAAGCUCCGACUUACCUCAAGUAGAACAUUCUGUUGGGUCUCAAAUUGUUGAUCAUGGAAGAGGUGGAGUUAAGACCCAACAUGAAAGACAAAAGGAGAAGGAGAUUCAAGAAUAUGAAGAAGCCAACUUCACCAGAUUACCUCAAUCUAAGACAAAGAAGAAUUACAAGCAAAAGAGAGCAGAUAUGAUGAACAAUUUUGCUGGAGAAAAUUGGUCUAUGUUUAAUAAUUCAAGAGAUCUUUCAGAAGGCACUUCUAGAAAGAGAAAGGCAGGUUCUGCUUGGGAUAGAGCUAAGAAAAGACGUUAA